UCAAAUUGUAUUCCUGUGUUACUUGUAUUACAGACAGAGUUUAUUUUGUAACAAUAGUGUUGUUUCGCGGCUCUCAUUUGUAUAAUUUAAAUGUAAGAAAUACUGGAAUAAUGCUUAUAUAAUUUUUAAAUGUUAAACUGAAAUAACAUUUGAAAAAAGAUCCGCUUGUUGAAAACAUACCAUAUGUUAUAUAUUAACAUUACCAUAUGUUGAACAUUAACAUUAAAACGUCGAGUAAAAUGUUUGGUAUCAAAAUUAUCGCUUUUGCCAUACUAUUUCAAACUGCGCUAGGCGUGAUGUCGACAUUAUACGCUAUUGAAAACGCGCAAGUUUCCAACACGAAUGAGGUUUUGCAUCUGAUGCGGUGCGGCAGAUUGAACCAGGACUUCGAUAAACCAGCUGUUCGGUUUGCAGUCAGUGAUACGACGCUGUGUAACUCUUUGAAUUCCAACUGGUUCGAAAGCCCUGUAUACGAAAGUGGUUUUGGGUAUGCAAUAAAGAGACAGAAUGUGGAAGACUUCAACGAGAUAGGAGGGUUGCGUGCAGAUAAUGGUGCUGGCUACUUUCAACGAAGACUUCCGCUUCUCCCCGAGACUGAUGUCAACAUCACCAUCGAUCUUGUCCCGUAUUUUGACAAUUCGCUGAGUUUCAACCUUAAGACAGAAGAUAACGCCUAUUUUAUGCACUUGCGGUUUAAACGAGUAGAGAAUACAACAGUAGUGCAAGAUAAAGAAUCAAAUGGAAGCUUUGGGAACACGCAGACUUUCCAAGGCUGUCGGCUGACAAAUGGCGCACCGCACACCAUAUCAUUAACGUUGCAGAAAGGAUCCACUGUAAAGGCCAGUGACACGUGUAGUUAA